GCCUAAGCCCAAGCAGGAUAUGAACAAAUUAAAAUGUGUUUCCUAGUCGUCAUUUUAAUGAUGUAUACAUGUAUAAAAUAGUAUAUAUAUAUUUGUAUUUUAUUUGGUUAAAAAAAAGUUAGCUGCCGUCACUUCACUAACACGCAUGCGUAAUAGUUCAGGUUUUUUUUUUGAUGACAUGUCCGCGUUAUGGAACGUUGCUCUCGUCAUCUCAUUGACAACAUGCACGUAAGCUGUUCAUGUUGGACUAUGCCAAAUGACAGAUAAACUAACUUGAAUAUCGAAUGUGCUUUGACAAGUCCGGAAGUGAGUGCUAGCUUAGCUGGGUUUAGCCUGGCGGUGCUCUGGUGCCGUCACCCGGGGAGAAGGUGCUGGAAGAUGGCGCCGGCUGAAUGGAAAUCCUAAUGACAGUGUCCAAAUUGGCCUCUUUUUCUACCAUGGGUAUCAAUGCCUCGGCUCUGGAGAAAGAGAUUGGAGCAGAGCAGUUCCCGGUCAACGAGCACUACUUUGGCCUGGUCAACUUUGGCAACACCUGCUACUGCAACUCAGUGCUGCAGGCGCUCUAUUUCUGCCGGCCCUUCCGGGAGAAGAUCCUGGCCUAUCGCAGCCAGCCCAGGAGGAAGGAGAACCUGCUCAGUUGCCUGGCAGACCUCUUCCACAGCAUCGCCACCCAGAAGAGGAAGGUGGGCGUCAUCCCGCCCAAGAAGUUCAUCACCCGCCUUCGCAAGGAGAACGAGUUGUUUGACAACUACAUGCAGCAGGACGCACAUGAGUUCCUCAACUACCUUCUCAACACCAUCGCUGACCUGCUGCAGGAAGAAAGGAAGCAGGACAAGACUAAUGGCCGCCUGGCCAACGGCACCUUAGACUCUGAGAACAACAACAACCACCCCACCACCUGGGUGCAUGACAUCUUCCAGGGCACGCUCACCAACGAGACACGCUGCCUCACCUGUGAAACGAUCAGCAGCAAAGAUGAGGACUUUCUAGAUCUUUCUGUGGAUGUGGAACAAAACACCUCCAUCACACACUGCCUCAGAGGCUUCAGCAACACUGAGACAUUGUGUAGUGAGUACAAGUACUACUGUGAGGAAUGUCGCAGCAAGCAGGAGGCACACAAGAGGAUGCGUGUGAAGAAGCUGCCUAUGAUCCUGGCUCUGCACCUGAAGCGUUUCAAGUACAUGGAGCAGCUGCAGCGCUACACCAAGCUGUCCUAUCGCGUGGUCUUCCCGCUGGAGCUCCGCCUCUUCAACACGUCAGGUGACGCCACCAACCCCGAGCGUCUGUACGACCUGGUGGCCGUGGUGGUGCAUUGUGGGAGCGGUCCAAACCGAGGUCACUACAUCGCCAUCGUCAAGAGUCACGACUUCUGGCUGCUCUUUGACGACGACAUCGUGGAGAAAAUCGAGGCGCAGGCCAUCGAGGAAUUCUACGGCCUGACGUCGGAGAUCUCCAAGAACUCCGAGUCGGGCUACAUCCUCUUCUACCAGUCCAGGGACUAGACCAUGUGAGGGCAAGCCCCGCCCCCCAGACUUUGCUAUUUGUAUCAAAUGCACUUUUGAUAGCGUUUUGUAGGCGAGCAAGACGAUCCUCAUCAUCAAUUGUUUUCUGUUUUAAAGAAAAACCAAUAAAGUUGUCAUUCUUCCUGUU